UAUCAAUACAUAUAAAAAUCCAUCGGAGUAAUUUAAAAUAAUGCGGAAGCCUUUUUAAAGUCAAACAACUUGGGAUCUUGCCCGAAAACGUAAUAAGCAUUAAAGUUAAUUAAAUAAAGCAUAAUCAACAGAUUAAAGAGACAGCCACGCCAUCGUACAUCUCCUCCUCAAUGCCCUCUGGAAUCGGCUCUAGGAAGCCAUGCACGUGAGACCGAAAGCCGGAGACAGGUGGUUGAAGAACCGAGCAGUCGGCGUAGCGAACGAGUCCGUAGUGCCGCUCACAGACCUCUUGAUGAAGGAUGUUUUUCAAUGGAAUGAUAAGGCGACUGAGGCUUUCUCAAAAUUAAAGAUGACUCUUACCACGGUGCCAUUAUUAUGUCUCCCGGACUUCUCCGUAUUGUUUGUGGUUGAUAACGAUGCCUUUGUCACGGGUAUCGAGGCUAUUUUGUUGCAACAUGAGCAACCGGUGGCUUACUUCAGCAAAAAGCUUAGGCUGCAUCGCUUAGCUGCUUCGACUUAUCAUAAAGAACUAUACGCCAUUGUCGAAGCCAUACACAAAUGGAGGCAAUAUCUUCUUGGUAGAGAAUUUCUUAUUCGCACCGACCAACGGAGUUUACGGAAGUUGUCGCAGCAGGAGAAGAAAGACAAGAAGAAGCCUAGCACGAUAGAGGUCUUGAAGUAUUGCUUCACUUCUCAAGAUGGGGAGCCUACUACAUUCGUAUUUGAAAUUGAGACACGUUAUAAUACCAUUAAGAGCCAACAAACUCAAUAGUGUGUUGGGGAUUCUUCCGAAAUGGAUGACAUUGAUGCUUAUGUGGAAGUAGCUGGUGGAGUAGUUAAAAAGGUGUGUGCGGAAUGGGUUCUAAGGCAUGGACUAUAUCAUGAGGUUCUUGAGGGAGUCAUGGUAGUGCGACGAUGAGUUCUAUUCCGGCGCGUUGGAAAAAUGAAAUUGAAAAAGAAGUACAAGCACGCUUGGAGAAACAAAAGGAGGAUAUUUUG